CGUCGUCAUGGUGCGAGUAGUGUGUCUUUGAAAAAUUGGUCUGUUCAUUUUUGCAGUCGUGACAUUGACUGUAGUAGUUGCAUACAGAUAUCAAUAAUCCCUACUCAGUGAAAAAGUACAUGCAGUUUGAUAUUUCGAAACGUUUAUUGAUCAUUGGAAUGCUAACAUAAAAAUCUCAAUAGUGCUCCUGACUUAUUUAUAUAUGUAGUAUUGAUACGGCUUUUGGUCAUGCUCACUUCAUUCCUACAGUGAAAAUGAAUGGUGGGACAAUAAAAAACGAAAGUCUAUACAAUCAUUUUGCAUCUAACAACUCUUCUUUAGAAAUGGAAAUAAGCAAUAAUAAAGUAAAUUCACUGCUAAAUAUUACUCAGUAUGAAGAGAAACAGAACAAAAUUCGAAGAGAAAACCCAUCAAUUACAAAAGAUAGCAUUCCAUUGCAUCUUAGUAAAGUUUCAUUAGGACAGAAUAAAUCACAAACUAAUAACACUGGGAACAAAUUAUGCAGACCAAGAACCAAGGGAAAUAUCAGCCCAUCGGCACAUUAUAGCUUAAACCUUGAAGCUCAAAUUAAUCCUCUGAAAAUUCGAAACCGAGCAGCUGCAUAUGGAGGUGGUGUGGGUUUUAAUGGAGUUUCUAUUGAUUCAAUUUCCACCAGCUAUACAAAUGAACCACCUAACCUUCCGGUUUCUAUACAUGAGUCCAUUAGUACUUCGUACGUAAACCCUACGUCGAACAAAAUGAUAACAAUAUGCCUAACUCCGGAAACGGCAAUGAAAUUGUAUGUUCAUAGACUUAGUGCAUAUGAGCACCAUGAAAUACUGAACUAUCCUAAUGUAUAUUUUGUAGGCCAUAAUGCAAAGAAAAGAAAUGGAAUUUUGGGGACAAGAAAUAACUGUGGUUAUGAUGAUGAUCAAGGUUCCUACAUUCAUACAGCACAUGAUCAUGUUGGCUAUCGUUAUGAGAUUUUAAAAAUACUCGGAAAAGGUAGUUUUGGACAGGUUGUCAAAGCCUAUGAUCAUAAAGAUGGUGUUUAUGUUGCAUUAAAAAUUGUAAGAAAUGAAAAGCGCUUCACAAAUCAAGCAGCUGAAGAAAUCCGAAUCCUUGAACAACUGAAAAAGCAAGAUAUAGACAAUAGCCAUAAUGUUGUGCAUAUUUUCGAGCAUUUUACUUUUCGUGGUCAUGUCUGUAUAACGUUUGAACUGCUAAGUAUGAAUUUAUACGAACUUAUCAAGCGAAGCAAAUUUCAGGGAUUUCCCCUUCAGUUAGUUAGAAAAUUCGCUCAUUCAAUUCUGGUAUGUCUGGAUUUGUUGCAUAAAAAUAAAAUCAUUCACUGUGAUCUAAAACCGGAAAAUAUAUUGCUCAAACAACAAGGCAGAAGUGGGGUUAAAGUGAUUGAUUUUGGUUCAAGCUGCUACGAAAGUCAGCGUUUAUACACUUACAUUCAAUCAAGAUUUUACAGAGCUCCUGAAGUGAUCCUUGGGUGCAAGUAUGGACUACCUAUUGAUAUGUGGAGUUUCGGAUGCAUUUUAGCUGAAUUACUAACAGGUGCACCCAUAUUUCCAGGAGAAGAUGAAGGAGACCAACUUGCUUGUAUAAUAGAACUGCUUGGGAUGCCACCCCAAAAGCUGCUAGGUCAAUGUCGAAGAGUGAGGAAUUUUUUCUCAGUAACGUAUGGAUAUCCAAGAUACUGUAUGGCUAUGGAUGGCAAUGGCUGUGUCGUGCUUCGUAGUACUAACAGCAAGAAGGGAAAAGUGAGAGGCAUUCCGGGAAGUCGAUCAUUAGUAACAGCCCUGAAAGGUUGUGAAGAUAAGGUUUUUCUUGAUUUUAUUAGGAAGUGUUUACAGUGGUUACCAGAGGAACGCAUGACACCCCGAGAGGCUUUCAAACAUGAAUGGCUUCGCAGGAAACUGCCAAAACCCCCUGAAGUUAAGAAAAUGACGUCUAUCGUAUCGAGUCCCAGCACAACGACUGGAGUUAAUCAUACUACACAAUUACCAUCUAAUAUUUCAACAACUAUUCACGCUGCGUCCAAUACAACUACGAAAAUUAUAGUUAACACAGCCGAAAGUUUAAAAACAUCUGAAAAAGUUAUAAGUAGUAUUCCAAAGACCGAAUAUGUUACUAAGUUAGAUAGUGAAGAGUGUGUACUUCCAGUUGAAAAAAGUUCUGCUCGUGAAGCUGUUCAUAUUUCAUGUGACCCUACGAAGGUUAAAGACCCGUUAUCUAUCAUAAGUACACCUACAACAAGUGAACCGACAUCCAUGACAUCAGUUAACAAAUCUGUGAGUCAAAUGUACACUAACUCUGUAAUUACCCUAGGAAAUAAAAAAACAACAACAAUCACAACUGAAUCACUUCAAAAUAAGGGUGAGAAAAGAUUUAUAAGAGAUAAUACAGUAUGUGCUGAUAAUAUAAGACCAUCUGAACAUAAAGAGCGAUAGAGUGAAACUGAUAUCUAGGUAAUAUUCUGUAUGUACUACUGUAACUUCUUCAUAAACAACAACGUUCCUGAAAAUUGACUUUCAGAACUCUUUCUCCGGGUAAACACAUUUUUUUCGAACAGUUUUUUUGAGAAAAAGAUGUAGUGAAAAAUUCUACUAUUUUAAUUUUCUUUAGUGUAAAUCCUGGUUUCAUUUCCUUUUUAUGAUUAAUUUUUACCCGGGUGUAUUUUGAUGACAAUUUUCAAAAAAAAGUGAGAAUUAAUUUUUAUAAAUCUCACUAACAUUUAUUUUUUUUUUACAACUUUGUUAAUUUUUAACUGAUGGAAAUGACCUCAGUAAUAAUCACAAUAAUUAAGAGUUGUGAUGAUAGUUAUAAAAUCAUUGCCUAGAUUUAUGUUUGUACAUACAUAUUUAUUUGUCAGACUUUCAUAUGUAUUACAUGGAAAAUUGUUGAGUUGUAUCCCAGUGAUAUUUUACCAUUUUUACGCUGGUGGUAAAAACCUAACAUUUGGCUUUUAAUAAUGUUUUAAGCCUUAUUAUUCUGUAAAAGGUAGAUGAUAUAACAUUAAUGUUGGUGAUGAUUAUAAUAAUCACUACUGUAAAUGAAUUACUAAAGAUAUGGC